UACAGUCAACAAUCAUCAUGGACAUUAUAAUCAUCACAUACUGUCAGGAGGAUCACCUCAGUUUGUAUUUUAUCAUGCAAGCUUUUCUCAGUUGGCGAUGGCUGUUGGGACGGUAAUAGUUGUUCUGAGCGUGCUCACUGUGGCUGUUGUGUGUUGUGUCUUGGUGUGCUAUCGGCGCAAACUGUCUCGAGGAUUUCAGCGCCAUAACUUGGCUACUGAAGAUCCCCUCAGCAAAAUAGAGAAAGGAACUGGAAAUAAAUCUGGCAAGGUUGGAAAGGGAGGAAAGAAAUGUUCAAAGAAACAGCGGAAAGGCCCCCAAGGACAUCCUAAACGUGGUAAAGUCAACACGGAUGGUUCGGGUGAAGUAGAGGAGGUGGAUUAUCUAAAGAAGAAGAUGAGGAAACAGCGAAGAGGUUCCCGGGGAUAUCUUAAAAACGUGAAAUCUGAUGACUCGUUUUUUGCAAAGGAGGAAGAUUUUCUGACGAAGAACUUAAAGAUACAGAGGAGCGUGUCCCGAGGGUAUGCUAUGGGGGCUAGAUCCAGUGACGACGAUUAAAGUGAUUGCUUUUCUGGAGGUCAAUUUGAUGGACGAGUUUCAUACUUUUGAGUGUAAACACUGUGAAAUUUUACACAGUCUAAACGUUUCACUACCGAUUUUUUAUUUCCAAUAUAUAUUUACAAAAACCAAGAAGUACCUAUGUUCAUAAGUUAAUCUCCUAUGUUUCCUCUCGCUUUACAAUUUGUGUUUCUUCGAGGUCUCACAAUUUCGUGAGAGACUUUUUUAUAUUUUGAUUGUGACUAAAAACAAAAUCCCAUGAUGGAAAAUAAAAAAUAAAUUUUAAUGUUUAAGAUUAAGUAAAAUUGUGAUUUUAC